AUGGCGACAAGAGGCUACCUCUUCGCUCCAGUUAAGUCCACUAGUCUUGAACUCCAGUUAACCAACCAACGUACCUUCACAGAUCUACGCCGCCUACAUUUCGGCGUUGUUCUUGCUACUCCCUCUUCUCUCGACGUUGGCGUUCGUAGUCGUUUUGAUUUCGGUGUAAGAUUCCGGCGACUAAAAUCCGGUGGACUUCGCCGUAAACCGACAUCGCGGUCAACGGCGGCAGUAAUGUUGACGGAGAACCCCGUCUUCCGCGAUAUCUGGGCCACCGCGUUUUCAGGUGGAAUCGCUCUCUCUUUUCUUCGAUUGUGGGAAGAAACAGCAAAGAGAGGGCUCUUUGACCAGGUGGCAAAUAUUGUUGUUGAUCCGCAAUUUUUAAUAAUUGGUUCCUGGCAUUUGGAUGAUGGUAAAGUUUUCGUAGAGUGCUUACACGAAAUAAGAAACUGA